AAUACCCGUCCGUCUCCUUGCCUCGACGUCCUUGUGCCCCUAGCCAAAUCCCCCUAGCCGCCGCCGCACCACUUGCCGCCAUGGCCGGCCUCAACUCGCCCGUCGUCGCUGUCGCACCUCUGCCCGCUCGCCGCCCCCUCUGCGGCGCUCGAGACCGGCUUCUGGAUCAGGUCAACGUGGCGGCUCGAGGGGCCGGGGACGAUGUGUCUGCUCGGUGUAGAACGGCGGCGGCGGGAUCCAGCGGACGCAGGAGGAGGGAUCCGGCGUGGCGGCGUGAAGUCCUUGCAGGUGGAGGAGGGCCUCCAUGGCUGGCAAGGAGAGCUCCAAGGUCAUGGCGGGGCUUCAAUUUUUCUGGUAGAAAAGAGAGACAAAGGAGGAUACAGGGAGGAGGAAAGGUAGGAGAAGGACGGGGAAGAAGGAAGGGUGCGGCAGGGGUGCAGCGGUGCGAGGGCACUGGUCUCGCGCGUGAGGAGCGCCUCUCCGCGGGAGGAUCGGGAGGGAGCGAGGGAAACUCAAAUCCACUUCAGAGCAAUGUACUGUUGUAGAACUACGAAGAAGCAAGCUGACCAGAUGCACACGUACUAGCCGGCAACGACGAUGAAGCAAGCCAACCAGAUGUGCAUGAAACUACCAUACAUCAUGCCUGACUGAAUCCUUGGAAGUUGCAAUCUAAAGCCUUCUGUAAGGAUAUCAUCACGAAGUAGAUAAAAAAGCUGGAGCGAUUCGGAUAUGCUGAAAAGUUUGCCAAAGUUGAGUCGCUAGGAACUUGAAGUAGCGCGUGAGGAUUUUAGCAACAUAAUUGGCUCAACUCCGAAGACUGUAGUCUAUAGAGGAAUAAUGAAGGAUGGACCUGAGGUUUUUGUCAUAUUAUUAUGCGCCUUUGAAGGUCAUUGGACUAGCCAGCAUGAGCUCUUUUACCAAGGUUGUUGAUCUGGCAAGGUUGAAUCAUGAGAACAUAGCAAAGUUUCUGGGCUAUUGCAGAGAGAGUGACCCAUUCUCGAGGAUGUUAGUCUUUGAGUACGCAUCAAAUGGGACCCUGUACAAGCACCUACACUAUGGGAAAGUGACCCAAUUCUCUUGGCUUAGGCGAAUGAAAAUAGCCAUUGGCAUCGCCCAAGGUUUAAGGUAUCUGUACACCGAGUCACAGCCUCCUUUCGCUAUAUCAGAGCCGAACUCAAUUCAGUAUAUGUUACAGAAGAUUUUACCCCCAAGGCUGACGACAUCGUCUACUGAAGCCCCACCUGCGACGCGAUGGGAGAGCUCCAACCUGUGCAUGGGUGUAGGAACGCAGAUCCGCGUCGCUAGCCUACACAAGGCCAUGGUCAACGCGCCGACGCGGGGUUCAUUGCCCGUCUUCGUCAGGUAACUUUUCAUGCGAUUUCUACUUCUAAAAAAUAGAAAAUACCUUGAGAUCAAAGCAGCGGAUUUAUAGAUUUAUGGGUAUUGGUGCUACUACAUCUCCAUCCGGCUUAUGGUCUUUGGUCAUUGAUUCUGAGGUACGACGUUGUUUUACUUUUAUGUUAAAUCUCAUUUAGCUUGGCAUCUCCAUUUAUUGGUUUGGGCUGAGCAAAGACCCUGUCGAGCAGUAUCACUGGCUAGAAGCAUAAUUUUUCAAAUCAGUGAUGAGAUAAAUCUUGUGUAUUGGUGCUUAGCAGCUAGCGAAAUUUGGCUGGUAGUUUUGGUCCGUAUGUAGGUAGCUUCCUGAUGUGUGUGGUUGUGUGUUCAUUCACGACCUGAACUUAUUUCUGUUUUCUGUUGGCUUCAUUUUAGUAAAGAUGGGGUGGGGCAAAAAACUAUACCUUAUAUAUGUAAGUUGACUGAAAAUAAUAAUAUGUUUCAGUAGCUAUAUUUCUCCGGUUCCUAACAUGGUUGUAGGCUAGAUGUUCCUGUUGGUUUGUCCUGCUGUAAAACCUGCCCCUAUUCAUCUGUUACACAUUUUGUGUAGCUAUUAAGGAAGAAAGUAAUGGACGUUCACAGUUCAUGGUCUCACCAUCAACAUUUGAUGACAGGAGCCGCAACUUUACAGAAGAUGGAUGUGAAACCAAAAUCAUAUUCUACCAACAUUUAUUUAGUGCAUCUUAUCAUUUAGCAAUACAUUGGCUGUGUCUCCCCAUGAUCAAUGGAGAUCUUCUGUAGAUGUAAUGCAGUUUUUUCAUGCGUUAAACUUCUCAAUUGUUGACCAUGGAAAAUCUGUGCAGUUCUCAUGUCCUACAUAUGUUUCUGGUUUCAAGGAGAAUUCUUACUCCUUUUGGAAUUACCAUCUUUAAACAUUGUAGAUUCUAAUCUCUUGCGUAUUUACAUCAAAGACUAUUUUUCGAAUGCUUAUCAUGUACAGUCCUAAGCUCCCUGACCCCUCCUUUUGUCACAUGUGUUGUUCCCUUGUCAUCACUAAGCUUCAGAAAACACAACUGCAAGGUAUAGAAUAGUUGCCACUUGGUUAGCAUUUUAGUUAACAGUGUAGACAUGUUUGUAACACUAUAUAAAUGAAUUUGCUUCCAAGAAGAGUAAAAUCAUCUUUAAUAAUUUCUCGGAAUUUGUUUAUAUUAAUGUUUCUUAACAUGUUUGGAAUGUCAUUUCCUCCAAAAUGUAGUAUUUACCUUCCAUUUGGAGCAUAGGAUGCAUUUUUUACCGGUUGUUGACUGAAAAAAACCCACUUUAUGAUAAAAACGCCAUCCAUCAGAUUGACUUAAUUAAUUGCCUUCUAGACAAACCUUCAAAUAUAUACAAGUUCUCUGGUAAUGUAGUCGUGGGAAGAUUAUAUUUUUGGUUUACAUUGUAAAUGUUUUCAGUGACCACAAAAUUGACUUUCUUUUUUGGUUCUUUUCAACUUUCAGGUCCUAAAUGAGAAGGUAAGGAUGUACUUGAGCAGUAUGAGAAUACCCAGUUCCAUUAUCUCAGAAGCCAGAAGUUUCACAUUUAAUGUCUUUGGUUCUAAAAUUUGUUUAAAAAAUGGUCAUUCUGCUAUUAACACCACGAUUAUGUGUCAACUGUAGAUUCUUAAUUGCUUAGAAUUAUUUUUUAUGUUUGAUUC